AUGGAGGGCAGGAGCGGGCGAUGGAAGGCAGGCGGGCAGGAGACGGCAAAGGUGGGCGAUGAGGGGCAGAGGCGGACAGGGGAGGUCAGCGAAGGGCAGUGGAGGGCAGAGCCGGGCAGUCAAGGGCAGCUGCGGGCAAAGGGGGCGGGGUCGGAGGCGCGCGAGAGCGUGGGCUCAUGGCGUUCGCAGCGGGCUUCGGAGAGAGUGGGCGUCACCGUGGAGCAACAGGCGAGCGCGGCCACCGCGCCGCACCGCUUCCGAAGCUGCGCGCCCACCUCUCACCAUACCUGGGCGCCCACCGCUGGCAGAGAAAUUUCACGAAAGAAAGAAAGAAAUGAAGUUAGUUAA